AUGUACUGGAAGCAGGAGAGCGGCUGUCCGGCGCCCGGGGGAGGCCGGCUCCUGUCCGAAGGGCUGGCGGCCGACAAGGUGAUGGCCCAGCCCGGCCCCGGGUGCAAGGCGAGUUCCCGCUGCCUCGAUGGCACCGCACCGCCCAGCAUGGCUCAGGCCGAAGGCGAGCCCCUGGCCGGGGCCCUGGACAAGGACGAGGCCCGUUCGUCUCCCAGCACACCCAGUACCCCGUCCGUCUGUUCUCCACCCUCCGCCGCCUCCUCCUCCGGGCCGCCCACCGGCAAGAACAUCUGCUCCAGCUGCGGCCUCGAGAUCCUCGACCGAUACCUGCUCAAGGUGAACAACCUGAUCUGGCACGUGCGCUGCCUCGAGUGCUCCGUGUGCCGCACGUCGCUGCGCCAGCAGAGCAGCUGUUACAUCAAGAACAAGGAGAUCUUCUGCAAGGUGGACUAUUUCAGUCGGUUUGGUACAAAGUGUGCCCGGUGUGGCCGGCAGAUCUACGCCAGCGACUGGGUGCGGAGAGCUCGGGGCAACGCUUACCACCUGGCCUGUUUCGCCUGCUUCUCCUGCAAGCGCCAGCUGUCCACUGGAGAGGAGUUUGGGCUGGUGGAGGAGAAGGUGCUCUGUCGGAUCCAUUAUGACACCAUGAUUGAGAACCUCAAACGAGCAGCUGAGAACGGUAACGGCAUCACGUUAGAAGGGGCAGUGCCAUCUGAACAAGACAGCCAGCCAAAGCCAGCCAAGAGGGCACGCACAUCCUUCACGGCAGAACAGCUGCAGGUAAUGCAGGCACAGUUUGCCCAGGACAACAACCCCGAUGCACAGACACUCCAGAAGCUUGCAGACAUGACGGGUCUCAGUCGGAGAGUUAUCCAGGUCUGGUUUCAAAACUGCCGCGCCCGCCAUAAAAAGCACACGCCCCAGCACACGGUGCCUCCUUCAGGAGCCCCGCCAUCCCGCCUUCCCUCCUCCCUGUCCGAUGACAUCCACUACUCUCCGUUCAGUAGCCCCGAGCGGGCCCGGAUGGUGACCCUGCAUGGAUACAUAGAAAGUCAGGUACAGUGUGGGCAGGUACACUGUAGACUCCCUUACACUGCUCCUCCAGUGCAUCUCAAAGCUGACGUGGAAGGACCACUAUCUAAUAGGGGUGAGAAGGUCAUCCUUUUUCAGUAUUGACUGCACAAACUCUCCCUCAUCUGUCCAUGGUGAUCCCACAGCUGCCCCUCAGCCACUGAGAUUCAAUAUCUGGUCCAAGACCACAGCGCUCCGCCUCAAACCUCUCCAUUCGCUCCCAUCGACCCACAUCUCCCGGUCAUCUUUACCCAGUCUGGGGACCCUCCCAUACAAGUACUCGCUUGUCUACUGCAGCCCCAGAGACCACAGCAUAUCUCCCAGGAGGUGUCCGGAACAUAGUAGAAGCCAGUGAGUCUUCUCAUUCAGAGCUUCCUGAAAUUUGGAAACAAAAAUGAAAAAAAAAGGGACCCUAUUUUUUUUUUAUUGAAC